ACUUGUUUGCCUCAACAGUUUUCGGCUGAAUCACAUUUGGUCCGUAUUCGGAACACCUAUUGUCGAUAAUCGCACAGUUAAUUCACUUCCUCAAAUCCAUUGUUGAGUGGAAGAGCUUGAACGUCCUUUUGCACCAUUGAAUGAAUAAGCAUUCUACACCUUGACAGAACUUUAGCGCCGAAUGUCAAUUUAUUACUACGUAUUUUUUUCUUGACUUAGAGUACAUUUGGUGAUGAUGGUAUGAACUAAAAGCUGUUUUGUGGAUCUCAUAUCAGCUAGAAACCUUUGCUGUAAACGGAAGAAUGAAGGCCUGGUAUAGGCCGCAUGCAAGAGUUGUUAUUCCAUUUGAAGCCAUAGUUAAAGACAGGCGCUUGAGCGUGAAUUGUGACCUGGACAUACAGAUUAUAAUUUCAAAAUGAAUAAUUGGAGAAAAGCACUUGUUUGCUUCUUAAUCUUAAUUGGAUACUUGAUCUUUGGAGGUUUGAUCUUUCACGUACUAGAACGAAGCGACGAAAAGUACAGAAAAUCAUAUAUAAUCGAUGUUGUUUAUGAUUUCUUGGGUAACAAUACUUGUGUGGACACGCGUGACCUUGGUCGAUUCAUAGAGAACGUCGUCUACUGGGGAGAUGGGUAUCUGAUCAAAGAUGGCAAUGUUAGUGACUCAAGCGAGAUGGCCGAUCAUUGGGAUGUCGCCAGUGCCGUGUUUUUCUCUGCUACGGUUGUCACCACAAUAGGUUACGGACACAUCGCGCCCACGACCUAUGGUGGCUGUGCAUUUUGCGUUGCCUACGCGUUCUUUGGCAUACCUCUGACGGCGCUGUUCCUCUCAUUGAUUGGAGAAUGCUUUGCAGAUAGUUGGAACGCCUGGAACACGAUACUUGUAAAAUACGUUACCUGUUUCUCCAAACACCAAAAAUCAAAAAAAGUGAUAUCAACUAUAGUACUCGUCAUAAUAGCGUAUAGUUUAAUUAUUUUGAUCCCAAGCGUUAUCCUCAGUAGCAUCGAGUCAUGGGAAAAUUUGACAGGCCAGUAUUUUUGCUUCAUAUCUCUCUCGACUAUAGGAUUUGGAGACUACGUCAUAGGUCAAAACACGGAUAUGUCAGAUGGCCUUUUGAAGACAUAUAAACUAAUAUUUGUGCUUUAUAUUAUCUUUGGAUUGAGUGUGCUGACGUUGAGUUUUAAACAACUUCAGGUGAUCUACCAAGUAAAGGUUUAUCGGCCGCGAGUACGUGGGCGGAUGAAACGCAAGACGAUUAUGGUACGCCAGAAUGAUAUUGAAAUGUCGGUUAAACACUCUGCAAGAGUGGACAAUGACAUGGAAAUAGAAAUUGACGUUGAUUCGGAGGAGACGUACAUCGUAACAUGCGACGCUUCAGUUCAAACUGAAAAUUGAAGUUACCAAUUGUUGAAACGCAUAUCAAUAUGUUGACGCGUUUAAACCAGAAAAAAAUAAUAUUGCCUCAUGCGUUCAAAGGUACCUUAUAGUCAUAAAUGAAUUUCACACAAAGUAAUGCAGUAUAUAAAAUUUUAAUGAUAAAUAAUGCAAUUAGUCUCAUUGUUUUUAUAGUGAUGAUUAAGUAAAAUUAAAGAUUGAAAUGUUUAUCAAAA